AUGCAGGUUGGAGAGGAUCCUCCAGACAUCAAUGACCGAGCUGAAGCAGCCAGCCAAGAAUGUAUCUGGAGAACAGCAAGUGUAGUGCCUGGUGUUUUCCAGGAAAAGCAGCAAUACUGCAUCGUUGGAGUAGAGGGAGUGAGGGCCAGAGAAAUUCUAGUAGAUGGUGAAGUUGGAGGUUUUGUGAAUGUUGUUAAAGGUGUUGACACACAAGACACGAGAGAUGAAGGUAAUGAGACUGAAGCCAACAGGAUGAGUAAAUUAAGAAGAACAAGAAAGAAAGUUACUAAACAACAUCUAUUUUCAACUGAAGUAGGAGAAAUGGAUAUAUCCAACUCAAAAGAAAGGAUCAGAUACCAAAUGGUGUGCCACAAGUUGGGGGAUAUGAGCAAACCAGUUGUGGGACCUGGCUCUGCAGACUCUCAUCUGCCACAAGAUGACAAGGACUCUGAGAAUCAGACAACAGUGAUAAAACCCUCCCGCCUCAAAACAUCAGCCAGUGCUCCUUGUAGCGAAUUUAACACAAACUCCAGCCAUUCUGAUAACACCAGAGAUGGCACUCAGCUUCCGACCACACCCCAUAUCUCCUCUAGAAUGAAGCACAUUAAGCAAGAAAUGGUCAAAAAUCACCUACAGUUUGUGCGAUUUGAAGCAACAGACCUCCAUGGUGUGUCCAGAUCUAAGAGUAUUCCUGCACACUUUUUCCAAGAAAAAGUGAUCCAUGGCGUUUGCAUGCCUCGAGGUUAUCUUGAAUUGAUACCGAAUCCUAAGGACGAUGAAGUGGAUCACAUAAGAGCAACAUGUUUUAAUAGUGACAUAGUUCUGAUGCCAGAGCUCUCAACCUUUCGAGUGUUGCCAUGGGCUGAGAGAACGGCAAGAGUGAUAUGUGACACAUUCACUGUGACCGGUGAACCUCUUCUGACUUCCCCAAGGUACAUUGCCAAGAGGCAACUGAGCCAGCUACAAGAUUCUGGCUUUUCCUUGCUCUCUGCCUUCAUCUAUGAUUUUUGCAUUUUUGCCGUGCCUGAAAUUAUCAAUUCAAAGACCAUAUCUUUUCCUGCUUCAACGUUGCUAAAUAAUCAUGACCAGCCUUUCAUACAGGAACUCGUUGAUGGUUUGUAUCACACAGGAGCCAAUGUUGAGAGCUUUUCCUCCUCUACCAGGCCUGGUCAGAUGGAAAUCUGUUUUUUGCCCGAAUUUGGCAUCAGUGCAGCUGAUAAUGCAUUUACCCUCAGAACAGGGGUCAAAGAAGUGGCAAGGAAAUAUAACUACAUCGCCAGCUUUUUCAUUGAGACUGGAUUCUGCAAUUCAGGAAUUUUGUCUCACAGUCUCUGGGAUGUCGAUGGGAAGGAAAACAUGUUCUGCAGCAGUUCUGGGAUUGAGGAGCUCACGAUCACUGGGAAAAAAUGGCUGGCAGGACUCUUGAAGCAUUCCGCUGCUCUCAGCUGCUUGAUGGCUCCCGCUGUUAGCUGCCGAAAGCGUUAUUCUAAGGAGAGUAAAGACCUCAAGGACAGUGUGCCUACAACGUGGGGAUACAAUGAUAACAGCUGUGCUUUUAAUAUCAAGUGUCAUGGUGAGAAAGGCACCCGGAUAGAGAACAAACUGGGCUCAGCCACUGCGAAUCCUUACCUGGUGUUGGCUGCUACUGUUGCUGCAGGCUUGGAUGGACUUCAAAGCAGCGAUGGUGUCCUGGUUGGUCCAGAUGACAGCACGGACCUCUAUCAGUCAAAACCUUCCGAGAUUCCUUUGAAACUGGAAGAUGCUCUUGUGGCACUGGAGGAAGAUCAAUGCCUGAGACAGGCUCUCGGGGAAACUUUUAUUCGCUAUUUUGUUGCCAUGAAAAAAUAUGAGUUGGAAAAUGAAGAAACAGAUGCAGAGAGAAAUAAAUUCUUAGAAUAUUUUAUUUAG